AUGGCCAAAUCCACGCGUUUUCCAGGCCCAAACGAGCCUCUGCACAUCUUCCAGGACGACACGUUCGAGAGACCAGUCCCCAUGACGAGCCACGCGCCCAUGCCCGCAGUCACCAAGCCGGCGCGACGCCCGCUCAGCAGCUCCGGCUCAAACGUCGUUCUCAACCCGCCAGCCGGCUCCAACGCGAGCUACUCCCCGCACAAGACCAAGUCUUCGAGCCCCCGCUCGCCUCUGAAAUCAUCGUCGCAAGGCAACAAGCUCAACAUGGUGUCAAUGGCACCACCCAUGGGCAAGGGCCCCACAACAGACUGCCUCCAGAAGAAGCCUCACAUGUCCAACUUCAAGACGGGCCCUCACCGCCCUCACAUUGAGCCCAACUACAACUACGGCAAGGAAAAUAUCCAUCCGCAGAUUUUUCCGGCUCCCCCGACCAUCAAUUUGUCCGUCGAGUCGUACUACCAAAAGCCCAACGGCAAGCGUGGCCUGAUGGACGCCGCGCCGAUCAAGGACGCAAGACCUACUAAGAAAUCAAGGCCGGACGAGCACAUCCUGCCACCGCACGACUCGUUCCCUCCGAUUCACGACGACGGCGCGAAGCCACCUCACAGCUACGCGCAGCUCAUCGGCAUGGCAAUCCUGCGCUCGCCCAUGCGCCGCCUUACCCUGGCCCAAAUCUACAAGUGGAUCAGCGACAACUACUCCUUCUACAACCCCAACGACGCCGGCUGGCAAAACAGCAUCCGCCACAACCUGAGUCUCCACAAGAACUUCAUCAAGAUUGAGCGGCCCAAGGACGAUCCUGGCAAGGGCAACUACUGGGGCAUCGAGCCAGGCACCGAGUUCCAGUUCCUCAAGGAGAAGCCCCCGCGAAAGGCCGCGCCCACCGCUGAGAAUCUUCCGGUCAUGUCCACGCGUAUGGAGCCAUCGCGACCCGCAACGGCCCCGGCCCCGGCUCCUGCUCCCGUCCUCCCUCCGGAGCCCACGUUGCCGCCACCGGCUCCCAUGCACCAGACAAGCCUCCCACCUCUGCCCACGUCCCAGGCGACCUUGUCGAUGCCCGCGGAGCUCUCAUCUGAUGCUACUAUUCCCAUUUCCGACAAUGCUGCCCCGGAGGAGUCGGGCGAUAAGGUGCAGGAGAAUGACCUUCCAGUCGAAUCGUCUCUGUACUCGCCCCUGCCCGCGAACAUGCACUCUUCGCCACCUGUGCCCAGACACGUGGAGCGUCGCAGUGGCACACCUCCGUCGGCUGCUCGCAAUCCCACGUCAUCCGCAUCCAGGUCUCACAAGCGCAGGUUCGCCUCGAUGGAUGAUAGCGGCUACAUCUCGUCCCUGGAGUCUUCGGUCAUGCGGCCGAACCAGAAGGCCAUGCUACUCACCUCGGAGGCUGACCGGCCCCGGAUCAAGCGUGGCCGCGCCGAAGAGGAAAUUGCGCGUCUGCGCGGCUCCUCGCCUUUCAGCCCGACCAAGUCCCGGUCGCUUGCCUAUGGGCCAAUCUCCUCGUCACCCCUGCGACAGGCCGGCGAGAACCAGAUGCUUCCGCCCCUGACUCCUGUCGUCAAGAUGAAGCCUCCCAUGCGACCUCCCCCUUCGGCAUCGCCAAACACGAGUCUCCGCAUCCAUCGCGACAAGGUCCGCCAUAUGCUGCAGUCCCCCCUCCGCCGUGUGACCGGAUCUGGCGAGGAAUGCAUGCCCUGGAGCCCCGCCUUCAACCUGGACGAAACUCUGUACAACUUUGAUGACUUCACGAAUAACGGAACCGAUUUCGACAUUUUCCAGGACAUGACGACCUUGGACGAUGGUCUGUUCCCGACCAUGAGCUCUGUCGAUACGGGAUCGCCCAUCAAGCGCUCUGCCAAGCGUGCUCGCCUCGAUCGGUCGGUAUCGACCUCUGCGCUUGGUGACAUUACGAACUCGUCCAAGAAGAAGUCCAUAACAUCAGUCCCGCUGUUGAAGGUCCCCGAGCAGUCGCCUUCGCACUUCUUCGAGACGCCCAGCAAAGUUUUCGAGGGCCUUGGCUCCCCCUCGAAGCUCUUCCAGGACUCGCCGCUCCGAAACGCGUCCCCCAGCAAGUACGCUGCAUUGGAUCUGGCUGCCGACGCAGACUGGCCCGGCCUGAUCUUCGACUCCGGCGAGCUGAUGUCCCACUCGGAGACUGUCCCUUCCGACUUUGCCGGGCUUGAUAUUCUGCAGGGCUUCGAAAAGAUUGGCGCAGGCGGCCCGAAUUCGAAGCAGGCCAAGGUCCCCAAGCCAAACCUGGCCCGGAGUUUCUCUACCAGAUUCUAG